GCAGCUGGAGCCGCAGCUUGUGUUAUGUUGGUAGCACCCUUGUGCAUUUGUGUGUGUCUGUGGUGAGCGCGCGCGCGCGUGUGUGUGUGAUUUUAUGUCCUUUCGCGCAUCAGCUGCGAACACAGAGCACAGUUGUCGAUGUGGACUCGGCCCAUAUAGUCAUUGGUCUCGGAAGAGGAUCACAGUUGCGCUUUUCUUGAAGAGCUCGAGCUCUAGGAGUGAAAAAGAAGCGGGAGGCGCGAGCUGAGCUUCCGGGUGUUGUUUGGCUAGAGAAAGCGCUCGAGAAUGUCCUUGUAUGACUGGAGCCAAGUCUUUUCCCGUGUUUGGAGCACGGAAUUACUCCCGUUCUGAACUUGUUCCUGGUUCGUUUUCUGGAGAAUUUUCUGGAUACUUUUGUGUGCAGAGAGGAUUGUUUUAUAUUAGAAAGAGAACGGAAAGCUUUAUUUUUCAAACAAGUCACUUUUACGCAGAGAUGUCUUCUCGCCACGCUGUGGUUUUGUGAUCGCCCACCAGAGCGUCGAGAGCUCUUCACCGGGACCGGGUCUCACACAGUGGGUCACCAUGGCAACGGGAGUGGCGGCGUGGUUACCCUUCGCCCGGGCGGCUGCUAUAGGAUGGAUGCCGGUAGCCAGUGCGCCCAUGCCGACGCCCCCGCCGGACAACCGGCGGAAGCAGGACGGGCUCAUCUUGCUCAAUGUCAGCGGACAGAAGUUCCAGACGUGGCGGAAUACAUUGGAGCGGUACCCGGACACUUUACUGGGCAGCACGGAGCGGGAAUUUUUCUUCCACGAGGAGACAAACGAAUACUUUUUCGACCGUGACCCGGAUAUUUUCAGACACAUUCUGAACUUCUACCGUACCGGUAAGCUGCACUACCCGCGCCAGGAGUGCAUCUCAGCUUACGAUGAGGAGCUGGCCUUCUUUGGGAUCAUACCGGAGAUCAUAGGGGACUGUUGCUAUGAAGAGUACAAGGACCGGCGGCGGGAGAACCAGGAAAGGAUCCAGGAUGACGAGGACAGCGAGAACCAGAACGAUAUGGUCCCGCCGGAUAUGACAUUCCGAGAAACCAUGUGGCGGGCCUUCGAGAACCCCCACACGAGCACCAUGGCCCUGGUGUUUUAUUAUGUCACCGGCUUCUUCAUUGCUGUUUCCGUGAUGGCCAACGUGGUGGAGACGGUCCCGUGCGGGACUUUGCCAAAUCGGGUCAAACAGGUGUCGUGCGGGGAGCGGUACGCCUUGGCAUUUUUCUGUCUGGAUACGGCCUGCGUCAUGAUCUUCACCGUGGAGUACCUACUGCGUCUAAUGGCGGCGCCCAGCCGCUGGAACUUCAUCAAGAGCGUGAUGAGCGUCAUCGAUGUGGUGGCCAUUAUGCCCUAUUACAUCGGCCUGGUCAUGACCGACAACGAGGACGUCAGCGGGGCCUUCGUCACCCUGAGGGUCUUCCGCGUUUUCAGGAUUUUCAAAUUCUCCCGCCACUCUGCGGGGCUGCGCAUCCUGGGCUACACGCUGAAGAGCUGCGCCUCUGAGCUGGGCUUCCUGCUCUUCUCCCUCACUAUGGCCAUCAUCAUCUUCGCCACUGUCAUGUUCUAUGCUGAGAAGGGCUCCUCAGCCAGCAAGUUCACCAGCAUCCCAGCAGCCUUCUGGUACACCAUCGUCACCAUGACAACUCUGGGGUAG